CAUAUUCAUCACCUUCAUCAUCAAGAACAUAUUGUACUUGUUCGUCGAAUUCGGUAUAUAAAGUGCCCUUAAGCCCAAGCUGUAAUUGUCAUUGUAAUUUAAAUGGGUUAAGGCAAUCCACUUUAAUUCAGUGGUUACACCAUAAAAAAAUGAUCUUUGGAGGUUUUGACCGUUGUUAUUAUGCUCGGGUACCGGUUUGGGAUGUUGAUAGAAGCUGUUAUUGCGAUAAUGUGUGUCAUGUAAGGGAUAGAUGCGUGGGUGGGAGAAGAGGGGGGUUGAGAAAAUGUAUGGUUUCUGAGGAAGGGAGCAAAAGAUGUAGUUUUGGAGGUGUUGACGAGGCCGAGGUUUUGCUUAAUUUAUUGACUGAGGAAUUAGGUGGGCAGUGUUCUGAUGUAAGAGAGGAAAAUAGAAGACUAAACAAGAAGAUAGUAGUGGAGAAAAAAGGAAAUGGUGAGGCUAGUAAUCGGUGUAAGAGUAAGACGAAAAGAGUUGAUUUGGUUGUUCCCAAGAGUGAGUCAAAGUUUGUGUAUGAAUCAGUGGUAUUUAGGUCCAGGGAGGAGGAUAAGAGAAGGAGAGAGGAAAGGAUAAGGAGGGAAAGAGACAGAGAAGAUCUACAGAGGAAAGAAAUUUUGAAGGUGCGGAAAAAGGAAGAAGAAGGGGAAGCUUUGUUGAGAACUGAGAACGGAAAUGCUAGGGCAAAGGAAGAAGAGAGGGAAAUUUUGUUGAGAAAAGAGAACUGGAAGAUGAGAGCGAGAGAGGAAGAGAGAGAUGAUUUGUUCAUAAGAGAGGAACACAGGGAGAGGAUGAGGAGAGAUGGUUCUAGUUGCUCUUCAUACUAUUCGGUAUCUUCGACUGGUGAGUACAACAGUGAUGAUGAAAUUGAGGAUUCAGGAGAGGUUGGAGUAGAAUUGUCAAAUGUGUAUGAGAAGGAUUUGGAAAGGAGUGAAAGAAUCAUCAGCGAGGAAGUUGAAAAAGAGGAGUACAGGGGCGGCUUGAGAAAGAAAAGUACUGAAAUAGGUAUGCGUGCUGGAUCUAGUGGUGUUGAGUCUGACUUCAGAAAGAAAUCAGAGAAAAAGCUUACUGAUGUAUUCAUUGAAGAGACAAAGUCUAGAAAGGGAACCUUGCAAAAGGAUUCAAGCAUUUUGGAGGUUAGUGAAAGUGGUUAUGGAAAGACUUCUGGUUCCUACAAGAGUUAUGAUGAUAGGAAGGUAAAAUCAACUUCUGUUCCGAAGUUUGAUGAGGAAAGAAGACAACAGCAGAGGCAAACUGGUAACGAAGCCACGGAACAGUCUGAGACAAGGAUAAAGCAUAAACAAUUUUCGGAAAUGCCAGAGAACCGUGAUGACCAAGUUGUAACCUGUUAUGGCUCUCAAAAGGUUUACAGUAGCAGGGAGGAAAAUACAACUAAAGUUACUAGUUUAAGUUCAGAAGCAAAAAGAGAACAUCGAACAGUUGUUGGACUUGGUAUCAGAGAAGAUGAAUAUUUGAGGAAUACUAUUAAAGUUGCUGAAGUAUCAAAAUUUCAAGGGGCUGAUGCCAAAAAGACCUCCAUAUCUCAGCAGCUGUCUGAAACUAGAAAGAAGAAAGAGGAAGGAUAUUCAACUGAUGUAAUUGCUUAUGAUGCUGAAAAGAAUCAACAGCAUGACGAGUUUACCAGUGUGGUAGACGAAAAAGGAAAAUCGACAAAGAAGGGAAGCAGUUCCACUUCACAUAUUCAGUCAGAUAGUAGGAUUAUAAAACAAAAAGAAAAUGUGAAUUUAGCUUUUGGCUCGUAUAUAGAAUCUGAAGAGCAACACUUUCAAACACACGCAGAAAGCUCCAAAAGAAUGGAUGUCACAAUUGGAACACAACAAAUGACUAAUGAAACAGCCACUCGUUCUGGUGAUUUAAUUGGUGCAAAAGAUGGAAACAGGACAAGAUCAGAGAUACUAGUGAAACCUCCAUCUUCUAAAAGAGCAGCAAGAGGUGAAUUGCAUGUUGAAUCAACAAGUGGGCUCGCGAUUGAGGAGGUGAAUGAUGGAAGUUCAGAAAGUGGCUCUACUGCAUUGCAUGAACUUGUCCUGGGGAGGUUUCCAGCAUUGUAUCAUGAAAAUUAUGGAAGGGCCAAGAGCAAUGAAGCUCAUGAACAGCCUUUUAAUUUCUCCAGUGAAGAUGCAAUUGGUUCAGCUGAGCAAUUACAGAAAUCUUCUGCACACUAUGUUGGUGAGUUUGUUGAGAAGCUAAAGCAUGAAAUUUCAACUUUUGAAAUCCAGGAGGAGAAGAAAACUUAUAAAUCUAAGUUUGUGCAUGAGGAGGAGCAGAGUAACCGAAAGGAUUUGAGUCAAUAUGUGUCUGGAGAGUCUGACUCAAAGGAGCAUCACUCAAGGCAUUCCUCGAGGAGUACUAAAACAAAAGGGCCAUCAGAUCAAACAUGGGAGGUUGAUGAACAAUGUUUUCAGGAGCAUUCCAAGACAGAAGUACAGGAUAAUACAAGCAAAGCCGAGAAUGCUAUUGUCAAGAGAACUGGCAGGUCCUUGUGGAAUAUCAUUGGUGAUAUUAUUCGUCUGAAGUGGUCUACACGUUCUGAAAGCCAUAGCACAGGUGGAAAGGCCAGUGUUGUUUCAUCCAAUCAAUCUAGAAGUAGUGAUGCAUGGUUUUCUGGUCAUGAAGCUGAAGAAGAUGAAGGAGUGAGUGGAAGAAAAGAAAGANAUUUUGCACGCAAAAAAAGAAAGGGACAAGAAAAUAUGAAUUCAAUAGAUUUAUUUGCAAACCUUUUGCAUUCUUGGGAUUACCUAUUUUUGAGCCCACUACACUUUUUGACUGACCAAUUCUUAUGCGUAUUCAUCUGCCAUCUGUCUUUCAAGUUAGAUGACACUUGUAUUCACCAUUUAGUGAAGGACUCCAUGCAGGAUUUUCUUUUGCUUUUUCCUAGUGGAGAUGGAGGAAAUGGGUUGGAACAAACGGAUAAGCUUGUUGCUCCCGUUCACCCGUUCCACCCAAAAAUAACAAUCCGACGAGGAGUAUUGGCAUCAGAAUGUGCAGAUGCUAUGCAACAAUUCUUUCAGUUAAGGAGAAGGGUAAAGGAGAAGAAAUCCGAGCCUCCCACAUCACCCUCACGCCUUCCCAUUUCGCACCGUCCCACGAAGUUCUUCGCCAAGAUGCACGAUGCCUUCAACAUCUUGUUCUGUUUGUUAGAAUUAGGUUUCUCUCAAGGUUUACGGAAAGAUAUGAGUGGCACUAAGCCUGGUAAUGAUUUUAUCUUUGUUUGUCUUACUAGUUCUCAUACUUUCAGUUGUAUAUAUGUCAUUGCCAUUGCCUGCCUGGCCCCAUUCUACACCUCUAUGCCUCAAAAGGAUUUGAUUUAUACUCUUAGGGCUGUUCUAUUUAUGCUUUUGCUCUUUGUAGAAGACAUCUGUGGUGAAAUAGCGAAAGAUUAUUCUUGGGAUUACCUAUUUUUGAGCCCACUACACUUUUUGACUGACCAAUUCUUAUGCGUAUUCAUCUGCCAUCUGACAAUAUGUAGGCUUUUUCCUAGUGGAGAUGGAGGAAAUGGGUUGGAACAAACGGAUAAGCUUGUUGCUCCCGUUCACCCGUUCCACCCAAAAAUAACAAUCCGACGAGGAGUAUUGGCAUCAGAAUGUGCAGAUGCUAUGCAACAAUUCUUUCAGUUAAGGAGAAGGGUAAAGGAGAAGAAAUCCGAGCCUCCCACAUCACCCUCACGCCUUCCCAUUUCGCACCGUCCCACGAAGUUCUUCGCCAAGAUGCACGAUGCCUUCAACAUCUUGUUCUGUUUGUGAGUAACUGAAAGAUUAAAAUUUUUCUUUUCAUUACGUUGAAAUGAUACUGCGAAAUAGGCUGCUACUUAAAUAAAUUGGGUUGACUUCUUUUUUAAUAAUUUGAAUAGUGUAAACUUGCGAUCAUAUAUCUGCAUGGGACAAUUUUUUUCCAAUAA